UAAAAGAAAUUAAUUAAAGUAAAACAUAUAAUUAAUUUCCAAUUGUGUUUAUUAAGUGUUAAGUUUAGUUAAUAAAUUGUACAUAGUUAUUACUUAGAAUUUAAUCGCGUUCCUGUUUAUAGAAGUGAUACAAACAUCGAUCACAUCCAUUGACACCAACGCGAAUAAAUAAACAAACCAUGGACCGCAUCGUUCAGAUACCGCGUGAAAUGAGUUCUGUCAUCCCCGUCUUCAACGGCGAUGAAAAAUUACUCAACUUGUUUAUUCAAAAGUGCGAAUAUGUAAUCAGAACAUGUAGAGUAGAUGGAAACCCGGACCAAGACCUAUACGUAUACCACGUAAUUACAUCAAGACUAACCGGAAAAGCAGCAACGCUCAUUAGCGAGCGCCAAGAUAUUUCAACAUGGACAGAGUUAAAGCUAGCACUUGAACAGCACUUCGGUGACCCGCGAUCCGAAGAAUGCAUAGCAAUAGAACUAGAAACGUUGAAAAUUACCAAUAGCGAAUCAUACCUAGAUUUCUGUAACAGAAUCCAACACGUAAAAAGUACUUUAAUUGCAAAAGUUAACUUAAUAGCAGAUGAAAAUUUGAAACGAAGUAAAGCAAUAAUUUACGACAACUUAGCUAUGAAUGUCUUUUUAUACAAUUUGCCCGAGGACCUUCUUAGGAUAGUCCGUCUAAAAGGUUGCAGCUCAUUAAAGAGUGCCCUCAGUAUUGUGCUGGAGGAAGUUAAUUUCCUUCACCAAUACAACUCACGAAACAAAAUGCUUAAAUCAAAUUUAUUUCAACCAAGACCACAACCAAUGGUCAACAACCCGUUUACGCCCAAUCCAAACACUAUGGGAUUAAAACAGUUCUUUAAUCCGCAACCACAAUUUAAAUUUGGCCUACAACCAAAUAACAAUACGCAACAACAAUUUAAAUUUGGAAUUACCCCUAGCAAACAGCAUAAAAUACCACAACAGCAAAAUCAACCGCAGUUCGGUUAUAAACCCCAACCAAACCCACAGUUCGGAUACCGACCACAAGUGAACCAACAAUUCGGAUACCGACCCCAACUAAACAACCAACAAUUCGGAUACCGACCGCAACUAAACCAACAGCAAUUCGGUUACCGACCCCAACUAAACCAACCUCAGCAAUUUGGCUAUAGACCACAGCUUAAUAACCAGCAAUUCGGAUAUAAACCCCCUACACAUCAGCCCACUGACGUAACCAUGCGUACAUUACCCCAGAGACCUCAAGGCUUCAAGCUUAACGAGCUUUAUUACCUAGAUGAACCCGAAAUUUCCGAAUACCAGGAAUACCCUGAGUAUUUCCCUCAAGACCAAUAUGAUUUUGAGCAACCAAAUUAUUCCGAAUACCCAGAAACUUGCGAUGAUCAAGAAUACGAGCAUCCCGCCAUAGAACAAAAUGAACCAAUAAACGAAUGUGAAAAUUUUCCAAUACCAGCCUCGUUACAGGACAAAACGUAAUACAUUUAAAUUCAGAAAUAAAGCACAUUUUAACUUUGCCUUACAUUAAAAUACCAGAAAUCGACGCACGCCUGAUGAUUGACACUGGUAGUGCACGAUCAUUUAUUAGCCCGCGUAAAGCAGACGAAUUUUUCGCCUGUCAUAAACAAUAUGAACCCUUUCAAGUGAUCAGCACACAUGCUUCAAGUAAACACGACCAAGUCAUAGUAGUUCCCCUUUUUCCGACUUUUAACAGUCCAAUCUUGCACAAAUUUUACGUAUACGACGUUGAUGGUCGAUACGACGGUCUCAUUGGCACAGACCUUCUUCUGCAAUUAAAUGCAAAAAUCGAUAUGAAAGAUCAAAUAUUAUACACUGAUACCGCA